AGGGCGGAGGGCAGCAUGGCGGCGCAGCUGUGGCGGCUGAGCGCGGGCGGCCGCGGGGCGCUGCGAGCCCGGCCCCGGCUGCCGUGCCGCCCCCCCGGGCCUCCGGCCUGCGAGCAGCGGCGCGGGCUGGGGCUCCCGCGGGCGCGGGCGCGGGGCGGCGGGGCCGGGCUCGGGCUGGCGGCGGCGCUGGGCGCGGCGGGGCUGGGCGCGGGGCUGUUGGCGGCGCUGGGGCCGGGCGCGGGGCCGGUGCGGCGGGCGGACAUGGCGCGGGCGGCGGGCGACGCGGACCCCGACGACGAGCUGGGCCGGCGCUGCGGCCGCUUCAUGGCGCCGCCGGUGAGCGCGCUGAGCGAGCUGCGGGCGCGGCCGGACGACGUGCGCACGCGGAUGGAGCUGCUCGUGCUCGACACGCAGGCGCGGCUGUGCGGGGCGCUGCAGCUGCUCGACGCGGGCGCGCGCUUCUCCGUGCACCGCUGGCGGCGGGAGGAGGGAGGAGGUGGGAUCAGUUGUGUGCUUCAGGAUGGACACGUCUUUGAAAAAGCGGGGGUGAACGUGUCCGUGGUUCACGGGGACCUCUCUGAGGAAGCAGCCCAACAGAUGAGCAGAGGGAGAAACCUGAAGGCCAAGGACGGCAAGUUGCCGUUCGUUGCUAUGGGAGUGAGCUCAGUCAUCCACCCCAAGAACCCUCACGUUCCUACUAUGCAUUUCAACUACAGAUACUUCGAGGUGGAAGAGGCUGAUGGUAACAAGCUGUGGUGGUUUGGUGGCGGAUGUGAUCUGACUCCGACGUACUUGAACAAAGAGGACGCUGUUCAUUUUCACAGGACCCUCAAGGAGGCUUGCGACCAACAUAGUCCAGAGUUCUACCCCAAGUUUAAAAAACUCUGUGACGAUUACUUUUUUAUAGUCCACCGCGGGGAACGGAGAGGCAUUGGGGGCAUCUUUUUUGACGACCUUGACUCUCCCUCCAAGGAGGAGUUGUUUCGCUUUGUGCAGAGCUGCGCCCAGGCGGUGGUUCCUUCUUACAUUCCUCUGGUGAAGAAGCACUGUAAUGACCCCUUCACUCCGCAGGAGAAGAUGUGGCAGCAGCUUCGGAGGGGCCGGUAUGUAGAGUUUAAUCUCAUAUACGAUCGGGGCACGAAGUUUGGCCUCCUGACUCCAGGAUCCAGGAUUGAAAGCAUCUUGAUGUCUUUGCCUCUAACUGCCCGAUGGGAGUACAUGCACACACCCUCAGAGAAUUCCAAAGAAGCUGAGAUUCUGGAGGUCCUGCGCCAUCCCAGAGACUGGGUGCACUGAUGCGGAGUGACUGCCUCGGUGUGGAGGGUGCAGCGUGAGUCCUCCUGCCACUGUGUCACCUCUGGCUACCCAGCUCUCUGUGCUCUGGGUCCCCGGCGUCGGUACAAGCGGCCGGUUGUGUGGAAGCAUCAGGCGUUGCUGUAGGCUGCUGCUGGUUACUGGUGCCGAGGGGGCAGAGGGCCAGAGGGGCUUGGUUUGCAUUAACCUAAAAACCUAUAAACCUUUUAGGAUCACCUUGUAGGAUUAGUUUACAAAAUCAGUGCCACUGGCUUUGCAGGUUCUGAGUGAAGGGAAUCUAAGUACUGUGCUCGGCAUCUGGGCAUGUCUUGCUGUAUUAUGGUUCCAUCUGUCUUCUAAAGCUGCAGCUUCUGCCGCAGAAGUCUGUGGAAGGAUAGACUCGAUUUCCAUGGAUGCAGUGAGCUUGGGACUGUAGGCUUUAGGAGACAACAAUGUGGCGUGAAGGGAAAAGUUUUGACCUUGUCGUUACUGAAGUCUCUUUGAUCCUAGUAUUUUAAGUCACCCACUUUUUGUAAUAACAGAUCUUCAGGAACACUUGCGUUGCCUUUAUCUCUGCAUACUCUAAUGUGGCAUUAUUAUUUAAAUAAGGUACACUUAAAUUGUCGUUGCGAUUGUCUUACAACUAUAAUUUGUUCCUGAUGGGAUCCUCUACACUUUUGGAUGUGAAAGAUUAUGACUUAGAUUCUGAUACUGACAUUUUCUUGUUCCAUACAUUUUUGUGUGGUGUUUAGAGUAAGAGAGAUCAUUGGAAUAGUGCGAUUUGGAAAACGACAUGGAAAAGUACUUUUCUUUAAUAAGCAGACAUAGUUAAUCUGAGAAACAGGUAUUUUUUUAAUGUAUGUCUUGAUAAGAUUUAUAGGAGUAAUUGCUUUCUUUUUAAACUAGAGAUCUUGUAAUUCUUUGCUCUUAAGACAGAACCACAGACUCUCGGUAUGACUUCCUUGUUCAUAUGGUAAUAUGACUGAGUACGUUUUAUUUUAUUCAUAUGUUGAAGUUUAUGAGGAAAAGUGUAUCUUCGUAUAAAUUACAAGCCAUUAUCUUGGGAUGUGUUGAGUGUAUAUGAUUAUGUGUGACUCCUUGGGACUCAAAAAAUGUGUGGCUGCUUCUAGAAUAAUGUGUGGUGGGAAAAAAUGUGUGGCUGCUUCAAUUGCCUAAUAACAAGUUGCUAAUAAAUUUUAUUAUGAAAUGGA